AUGAUGGCUGACGCGGACGUAAACAACGUGGAAGAUGAGAGUAGCGAGACAGAAAAUAAUAUUUUAUACGAGCUUCUCACAUAUGCUGAAUGGCAACAGGAACCAGAGAUACUGACUAAGCCAACGCCAGAGAAAUUCGACGAUGGAAGAACAACGGCCGGACUCUGGAGCUGGCUGGGUUCGUUGGCAGCAUCUACCUCUAGUGUAUCAACGACCCUGCAGAAACUUCGACUUCACAACAUGGAGUGGCACAUUGCUGUUGGCAGCGAAGGAAGAGUUGUUGCCAUCCUACAGGACCAAAUUGUUGAAAUUCGAUCUUCUAAAGACGAGUAUGCGAGUGUAAUCGGCCGUGGCUCAGUAUCGCGAGACCCUUUCCCGCAGUGGAGAAAAGUGGCAUGGUCUCCUGACUGCAGUUUCCUUGCUGUCACAUCUAGCAAUGGGCGCAUAGAGUUUUUUGACACGGUUGGAAGUUCUCUUUUCGUCAUACCAGAGAAAGCCCUAAGUUUGGACGCACUUAUACCAGAAUUUGGCUAUGCCAUUGCUGGGAUGAUCUUCACGGAAGCCAGGGUGCACAAGACACAAUGGUCGUACGAGUUCAUUGUCGUUAACUACAGAGGAAAACUUUCAAGUUAUUUAUUGAGCCCCUCAGACGGAUUCCGCGAGAACCAUACCUUCAGUCUGAGUAAUGUCUACCCAAGAGGUGUGGCUUGCAUAGAGUAUCACCCAGCUCAUCAGAUUCUUUACGUGGGCAGCUGCCCACUUGUGCCAACUGUUGGGGAGGACAUGGAAGAUUUCCGCACAUCAACGGAAGUAGGGGUCACCGCCUGGCGAUUUUUAUCUGACUAUCCACACUACAAGCUCGUCACCACGCUUGCUGAAGAUGUGCAGGGUCCCAGAAGAUUCUGGCAGCGUAUGAACCUGUACUACAAGAAUGCCCAUGACAUGGCCUGCAAGUUAAGUGCAUCUCCCUCAGGACGUACCUUGGCUGUGGCCCACCUUUCCGGUGCCUUGUCCUUCUGGAGCUUACCAGCACUAAAGCACAUUCACACCUGGCAGCUGGAAGAUCUGCCCAAGUACGACCAACUCAAUCCAAAUGUACACGAGCCAACAAAACGUAAAUGUUUGGCCCUACGUCCCGAGGGUACAAAUUUUACAAUCUGCGACAUGAACUGGUGGUCAGAUAAGGCAUUGAUUAUCGGUCGCUACUCCGGAGCGGUGCUAGUGGUGUCACUACAGACAAAGAGGAACCUUCUGGGAGAAAGCCCCGAGUGGUUUGAAUUCUCACCAGAGGUGUCUGGCGUGUUCGAUCGCGGAUUUUUAACCUUGGAGUGUGAAUGGCAGUUAGGUAGCUCAAAGGCUGUAGAGGCUGGAAUGCAAGAUGAUGGGGAGAGUAGUGAUGAUGACACGCUGUCAGUUGGACGUCGUACGUCGCAAAUGGUCAGAAGAGCCCUGUAUUACGUGACAGACAGCGAACGUUUCAUGCCACCACGCAGAAUGCCAAAGAUCCUUACUAAGCUCUAUCGCCUUCUAUGCUUGAAGUCCACCACACCAGAAGAGCUCUUCAUUACAAAGAUAGACAACGAAGAGUAUGGUGAGGCUUUGGCUCUGGCUCGUACGUACAGCCUAGACAGUGACUUGGUCUAUCAACGCCAGUGGCGAAAAUCGUCAGCCUCCGUUGCAUCUAUCCAUGACUACCUGGGCAAAAUAACAAAAUGCACGUGGGUUCUUCACGAAUGUCUGGAACGUGUCCCUCCAACCUUCGAUGCCGCUCGUGACCUGCUCGAGUUUGGAUUGCGUGGGACCGAUGUCGAAGCCCUGGUGGCCAUGGGAGAAGGAACGUACGAUGGAAAGUUUAUCUGUCAUCCUCCACCCAUCUUCGAAAACUUGUAUGGCAACGAGCAUCUCUCAGAGUUUGAAAUUGCCGAGAAGCAGCAUGCGGCCGAAAAGAAGUGGAGGCUAGAACAGUUGAACACUGUGGACUUUUCAAACCUUACCUUGGACCAGCGCUGGUUGUGCGAAUGCAGGUUGAAGCUGCUGAUCUAUUUAGACAGGUUAUCGAUAUAUCAGAAAAAUUUGGGAGCUUCCCUGGAGCACUACGACCCAGCAUUCUUCGAGCGUUUCCGUUCUCAGCCCCCCCUGGAGGCAGCCUUGAUGUUUGCUCAUGAAGGGAAUGUGCCUGCUGUUUCUGCCCUUCUGACCUAUGCUGGUGACCUGACUUUGCCACACUGGUUGACCAUCUUGAGCAAUUUCCCGGAGACACUUUCACCCCACAACUACGCUGACCUCUUGCCUGAGGCUGGGUGGGACAAGAAGGACCCAAAUGUGUUCCCUUGGUUCCAGAGGGAGCUUCGUGGAAAAGACUGGUGCGAAGAGAAGUGUGAACAAGUCCCAAUGAUGGCAGUGUGGGAGUCAUAUAACCAAGAGUUCUAUGAGACAAAUCCGUCCUUUAAAAAGUGGUGGACAAAGUCCCUGACUACAGACCUUCUGGCAGAAUGGUACACUGAGCGUACACAUGAAAUUGAAGAAUUUAGCUGGCUGGUUGAAAAUGCACUCGAGCUCACCAAGCUAGGUUGCAUGAAGCAUGUUAGGGGAUUGGAAAGCCUACAUGACGACUUGCUAACAUUGGAGACAUUGGUGUAUGAGUGUCGUCUUCCGAAACCCAUCGCUUUGAGAAAACUCGAAAAACUAUCUGAAAGUGAAAAGAUGCAGCUUUUGAUGAGCAUGUGCACAGAAGCGAAGUACGUCCUGUGCGUCCGCGAUUGGCUUCUUCCAUUUGUUGAUCGAUGCGAACACGCUUGUCCCGGGAGUCGAAGGCGGCUGCUCAUCGAGUAUUUCACAGGAGUUGCCAGGGAGGAUCUCUGGCCCUGUGUGCAAGUCUUUGAGAAUUCAGAUAUUGAGGACCCCAAUCGCAUACUGGAUGGCAUUGCAGAAGUUGCAGAACUGGCUUUGGAAUGCAUCUAUACUUGUGAAAGAGAAGAUCAACUCGAUUAUGUGCUGAGAAUAAUCAAGUGUGUUCCUCAGAGAGGUGCUGGUGGCAGCAGUAGUAAAGAGUUGCAGCUGCUCCAUGAUAGGCUUGAUGUCCUGGAACAGUACGUUGAGGUCGCCGAAUGUGUUAAACGUUACGGUGCUCAUGUAACUGUGAAAGCCCUCAACGAAUGUGAAGGCAGCAGAACGGCAGUCGAAGCAUUGUUGAAGAGAAUUGCAGCAUGUGCCAUCAAGAGGUCUCCCCCAAUGAGUGAAUCUGAUUGGCAUCAGUUCCUUCAGGACUUGUUGCAUUUCCAACUGAGUGUGUUUAAAUGCAUUACUGCCAUGGAUUGCAUUCAGAUUGUGGCACAUACAUUGCUUAGAUCCGGAAGCCACGCCUACAUCAAAUCAGCCGCAGAGCUGAUGACAUGCACAGAAGAAGCAGAUCAAGAGUCACCCGAUGCAGGAAGUGAAAGCUCAAAGUUGCCACACGAGAUUUCGUUGAAGUUGGCGCUUGGAGCUGCCUGCGAAUAUGUAGAUUCAGCUGCAUCCCACACAGAUCCAUGCUUAGCUUUUGCAAAAACCUGCCUAUUAAUUAUGGAAGGCAACAAUGCUGAGAUUCGUAGAGAACUGGACUUCAUUGAAGCACUUCCACUGCUGCAUCAGUUUAAAAUCACUACAUUACCCGUUCAAGUACGGCACCAGGACAAGCUAGACCUUAUACGAGAAGCCUUACAACUGACACCCCAAUCGUACAGGCAGCAGCUUAAAUUCUUGAAGUUGGCGGCAUUAUUGCAUCUUCAUGGUGAUGAUAAGAAAAAAUGCAGAGGAACGGUUCUGUCCUUGCUCGCGGAUGCUGCUGUUGUGGACUGUGACUACAAGCUUGGCUACGAGAUCUGCUGCAAAAUUGUGAACGAGGGCCAUUCGGAAGGAUGGAAAAUUUGCCGCAUGCUUGGCUCCUGUGUGGAAUUUGAAAAUCUAGAAGGCAGGCACAAACUGCUCUCAUUUGCUCUUUGUCAUUGUCCGGACAUAGCAAUGGAGUCACUGUUAUCAGCAGUACAAAUGACGGAGGUCCGACAAGCCUAUCAGUGUCUCGACCUACCUGCUGAAGACUGGUUUAACAGCUUUGACGCUCCCAAAGAGAAGGUGAGCCAUAGUGGCAGAAAGGGGACACCAAAUCAAUUUGGAGAUUCUCCUGCUGCAAUCCAAGAUGACAAAGAGGGCACUUGGAAACUGCUGGGUGGAACAAAAACAAAAGCCGUUUUAUCAUCUCUUAGCAGCACAAAUUUCUGGAAAGGCACAUUGAAGAACCUUACCACCAUUGGCCAGCGGAGGGAGCACAAAGAAGAAAAAACUAAGACUUCAAACAGCAACCUUAAAAGGCUAGGGUUGCCUUUCCUCUACUCCUCGCUCCAUGAUGAUGUUCACGUUGGAAAGUACGAUUCCUCUUAUGAGGGCUAUCAUCUCCCGGAGCGUACAGUGGUACUUGAUGACCUUUUCAACGUUCUCAGGGCAUCAUUGCUGUGUGAAUCACUCAAGAGCCUACAUCACACUAAUAAAGAUGUUCAGGAUGUAUGCCAAUCUCUGCUGCCUAGCUUAGCAAAAGCCUUUAUUUCUGAAGAUGUGCUAAUGUGCUUUGGUAGUCUUUUUGCAGUUAAUGAGGUUGAACAAAUCGAAGACUUUUUCCUGAGUCUUCCAAAUACUCCUGUCGUUCUUCAGCUUGCAUCCUACUUCUUUGCACUUUGUGCGCUGAUAUCGCUGCAGCCCAAACAAGCAGAUACAAUCUUACACAAGGAGCCUGCGGACAUCCAUUCUGAGGUCGAAGACCAAGCUUUCAAAGUACCAGAGGACAAAGCUUACACUCGCCACUGCAUUGACUUGGCCGCGAAAUUCCACAAAAUGCAAGUUGACUUGAUUCAAGCGAAGUUACUCCGCGAGAGAGGUGGUAGUGUCGAUGUGUCGAGGUUUGCAGAGGAUGACCGUUACAAGAAUGAGACUAUAUUAGGGAUGGCAUUAACAACGGAUGAGGAGUCACUCCAGGUGGCUGUUUCCCUGGCGAGACGUUACAACAUGCCUCUAUGGGAUGUUUAUGCUUGCCAUUUGGAAUUCUUAUUUUCCGAAGGCUGUGGCGUGAGCUACAUUGAAGGUCGACUCCAGUCUACGGGGAUGCUGAAAGAACUGAUGAGGGACCCAGAAAAGCUUCGACAGUGCCUGACCUUCCGAGUGUACCAGUCAUUAGAUGGCUGUGAGCACUCGCUCAUGAGCUUCUACUAUGCCUUGCUAGACAAAUGUGGCAGUAAUGUCACAGACAUGCACGGUCUCAAGCCUAGAGAUCAUUUACAGCUUCUAGGAAAAUUGAAGACUUUGUGUUCAGAAAUAGACUACAAGGCUCUUAUUUCACCUGAUGGAUCUCCACUCGAUAUACUAGAUCCAUUUAUCACAGCCGAGAAUGUUGACAGUCUUGCUGGAAUUGCACCCAACAUUCCAAGCUCGGAAGAAGGCCACUUAAGUGCAUCUGCAAUUUAUUGCCUUUGGGUCUCAAAACAGUUUUUAGAGAAGGCAAAACAGCAUGUUAUGACUGCUGCAGGAUGGUCAAAACAUUUUGAAGAAUGCAGGACGUACCUCAGUCGUCUGUCUCCUAUGCACAUGGUGACGUUUGUUGAGUCAACUGCAUUGUCAAGAACUGCAUUAGAUUGCCUGAACAGAAGAAUUCGAAAGGACGUGGUGAAGCAGUGCCUCAACAUGGUGAAAGAGAAGGAAACAAAACAGCAAGAACACAGGGAACAGUGGAAAGAGGCUUCAAAUACCCUGCAGAAGUACCUGGCUCACCUUCAGAAAAUUGAGGACGGCAUCCUCGACAAUGUUAUGGAUACCACAAAUCCCUCAAUACAGCCAUAUGCCGCUGAGUUUGAGCUUACAAGGGGCAUCACCGAAAAGCUUGAGGAAAUGCUACUGCAUUGUGCUAUGUCGGACGCAUCAUCUGAGCUUCUCCCCUCUCUGCUGUCGUGUUGCCCUCCCAAUACAGUGGACAAGGAAGCAGUGGAUGUGUACUUGGAUGCGGUACUCUUGAUUGCAAAACAGCUGAGAGACCCAUCACCAAAGCUUCAUAAGAUGUUUGGGCAAAAUGAGCCUGAGGAUGUACUAGAGCACGUUCUCCAAAAGGCGUCUUCAGCUUGUGAGGACUCUCUUUUUUCCGACCUUGCUCUGGAUGUGCUCCGUCCUUUUUGCCUUGAUGCAACCAUCAGCAUCAAGAUUAGACUGAAUAUUUUAGAAAUACUCGAAAGGACUGUCGACCUCUCUGGGGACGACGCAAAUCUUUUGUUGCUACUUCGUCUGCAAGCACUCAUACUCACAGAAUGGCCGGACUUUGAUCUUGACAACAGGGACGUUCUUGACAGUACGUCACGGCAGAGGAUGUUCGAGCAGCUGCUAAGUCAGUGCCACAGCGUGACACAAUGCACAAUCCUUGGGAGAGUUCUUACGUGUGGUUCACCUCUACCAUCUUUCGAUUUAGAUGAGCCAGAAGAAAACCCUUGGUCACAGCUAAUUGCUAAGGUUCUUGGCUUUGGCAACGAGCCAAGUACCCUGACCGCUGCUUAUGACCUAUUUACAUUGGCUGUCCAGAAUUGCCGUCUCAACCUCAGGUGUUGUCAGACUGUGUUCUGCAGCAUCAAAGACACUGGCAGUGUGCUUCAUGCACUCAAAAUAGCGUUCUACUCCGAUCACCGUGAAAUUCACGAAAAAGCAGUUGAGCUUCUGAACUCUCUGGAUGACGUGUCUGAAGGCAGCUAUGAUGCAGAGGUCCUGGAACGAAUCUUAAAGCUUGGAUUGCUCCCAAAGAUUGCACCAUCGUUGCUGUAUCAGCCAACGACGGAGUACUUGAUAGAGCAUCAAGAUCCUACUAAAGAGCACUUGAAUGUCGAUACUAUAGUGAAGCAACUCAUUGACGCUAAAAUGGACCCUGAGGCGGGCACACUUCUUCUUCAAGUGCGUCGCACGCACCCGUCUCUAAUGACUUUCUCAGCAGCACUCAGUACGGUGGGACGUUGGUUAAAACUCCAACCGCCAUUAUAGAAUUUGUAAUUCAAUAGGUACACUUAUGAACAGAGGCAUUCCUAUAAAAAUAGGCGAUCAUGAAAUUAUGAGUAUUUAUUUCAAGUGGAUAUUGUCCUCCAAUAUUUGUCUCAAAGAGAGAUUUUUAUUAAAACAAAAUAAGAACUAUAAGAAC